UUGGUGACGUCACCGCCGUGCCGUUUCGGAGGCACGUGACGCUGACUGGUCAGCUGAUAAAAGUCGGCUGUUUGUCGACAACAAGCUCGAAUUGCUCGGUCAUUGUGGUUCUGCUGGUCCCGGUUCUGGCGCCAUGAGGAUCCUGGUCCUGUUCAUGUUGGCGGCGUCAGCCUUGACGACCGACGCCCUGGUUCGAAUUCCCUUGAAGAAAUUCCGUUCAAUCCGACGCGAACUGACUGACUCGGGAAGACGAGCCGAUGAGCUGCUGGCCGACAGACACUCCCUGAAGUACAACCUGGGCUUCCCGUCCAGUAAUGGACCCACUCCAGAAAUGCUGAAGAACUACCUGGAUGCUCAGUAUUACGGGGAGAUCAGCCUGGGCACGCCCCCCCAGCUGUUCACGGUGGUGUUUGACACCGGCUCGUCCAACCUGUGGGUCCCCUCCGUUCACUGCUCCCUGCUGGACAUCGCCUGCCUGCUUCACCACAAAUAUAACUCAGCUAAAUCCAGAUAUGUGAAGAACGGCACCGCCUUCGCCAUCCAGUAUGGAUCGGGCAGUUUGUCCGGAUACCUCAGCCAGGAUACGUGCGCCAUCGGCGACAUCACCGUGGAGAAGCAGCUGUUCGGUGAAGCCAUCAAGCAGCCCGGCAUCGCCUUCAUCGCAGCCAAGUUCGACGGGAUCCUGGGCAUGGCGUAUCCCCGGAUCUCUGUGGAUGACGUGGUUCCUGUGUUCGAUAACAUCAUGAACCAGAAGAAGGUGGAGCAGAACGUCUUCUCCUUCUACCUGAACAGGAACCCGGACACAGAGCCGGGAGGCGAGCUGCUGCUGGGAGGAACCGACCCAAAAUAUUACAGCGGAGAUUUCCACUACGUCAACAUCAGCCGACAGGCCUACUGGCAGGUCCACAUGGACGGGAUGACGAUCGGCAGCCAGCUGAGUUUGUGUAAAGGCUGUGAAGCCAUCGUGGACACCGGGACGUCUCUGAUCACCGGCCCGGCCGCCGAGGUCAAAGCUCUGCAGAAAGCCAUCGGCGCUCUGCCGCUCAUCCAGGGAGAGUACAUGGUGCCCUGUGAAAAGGUCCCAACGCUGCCAGUCAUCACCUUCAACAUCGGCGGACAGACCUACAGUCUGACUGGAGACCAGUACAUCAUGAAGGAGAGUCAGGCCGGGGGAAGACGAUCUGCCUGAGCGGCUUCAUGGCGUUGGACACCCUCCCCCGCCGGG